AUGGACGUCCAGCAGCCGCCGGCAAAGUCCAGCCGCCACCUAGAUAGAGAGAGGAAACGAGCGGCUCGAGCAUGCGAUGGCUGUCGCCGCCAGAAGGAGCGGUGCGAUGGAGGCGUGCCGUGCCGGAGGUGCUUCCGGCUAGGCCGCCCAUGCGACUUCACGGCUAGAGCCUCUGCCGAUACCGAGUCCCAGGCCGGCGCAGGCGUGCGCCCGGGAGCAAUAGCAAGGCGGAAUCGUUCUGACAACCACCAAAGACCCCGCGCAGCCGAGAGCGCCGCUGACCAGGCCAAACGUCUCGAGUACCUGGAACGGAUUGUCCAGGGCUACGUCGGCAGCAAAGAUGCGCUUGACCUCGAGGCUCUCAAGGAUCUGGCCGAGGCCACGGACAAGCGCCGAGAUUCCACUCGACCGGCUGAUAUCUCGUCCCAGAGCUCUGAGUUCGAUGGCGUGGACGAGAAGUUUGAGAUGCGACCUCUCCACGGCAAUGUCACACAUUAUUCCGGAGAAUUUUCGCACUGGAACUUUUCCAUGCGCAUAAAGAAGUGGAUCGACCAAACAGUUACAAAUGAUUCUUUAAACCAACCGCACAAGUCCGCGACGUCAUUCAAGGAGUAUUAUCGUGCAGAGGAGCUCCAAUCAAAUUCAGAAAUCCUAGGAUCACUAUCAAUGUUACCACCGAGACCCAUCGCCGACUUUCUCGUUUACUCCUUUUUCAAGCAUGCGCAGACCAACUAUUUCUUUGUUGAACAGGACUGGCUCAGGGCCAAGUUAAAUCUUGCUUACGAGAAUCCUGGAUCCUUCUCUCGGAGAGAUGUGGGAAUAAUCGGCAUUAUUUUCGCUACCUUUGCCAUUGGAACGCAAUUUGCGUACCUCGAGUCCUUGGUUGAAGGCGCUGAGAACCCCACAGAGAAAGGGGCGGGCGCGUUUUCAGAAGAUGCGGUUGGGAUACUGUUCUAUCAGCAAGCGUGCAGGCUGCUUCCAGAUGUUAUUACAGUAUCCUCACUAGAGAGCGUGCAGGCCGUCCUAUUGCUUGGUAUAUACACUCUGCCAGUGGAUGCAUCUGGAUUGGCCUACAUCUAUCUCAACUUAUCCCUUAAGCUGGCGAUACAAAAUGGCAUGCACAGGAAAUAUCCCGUCGAAAAUCGAGAUGUGCGCAUUGUCGAGACUAGAAAUCGGGUAUGGUGGAGUGUAUACACGAUUGAAAAGCGUGUCGGAAUCUUCCAUGGAAGACCUACAUCUAUAUCAAGUACUGAUGUGGACGCCGAUUAUCCGAUUCAUCUCCCCAAUCUUUGGUCAUCAACCACGCCGACCGAUACUGCGCAUCUCCUAGCGACCUUUGAACUAAAUCAAAAGCUAAGCAGAAUGUCCCAAGAGAUAACUGUACUACGGUCUUUACCUAAACACGACGUUCCAGAAGGUUUGAAAAGGCUCUUAGGACUGCAUCGUGAACUAAAAGGCUGGUGGGAAUCUCUGCCGAACGACAUAUUCUGUAAAGAAUUUACGUCUCAGUCGACAUUGUCUCGCCAACACAUGCAUCUGCACUUGGAAUAUUGUCUUGUACGCAUGUUUGUCGGUCGCGUUUUUAUCUUUCCCGAGGCAGGAUUCAAAGAUGGUAGCAGUCCGGCCACAUCUGCAAACGGGCCCUCCAGUGCGUCGCUGAGUAGGAAGGGUACUCGUUCGACCUUGGUUGCAGACUGUACUGAGGCUGCACUGUCAAUUAUAGACACUUGUCGCUCUCUGCGCAAUAGUAUUGGACUCGCUCGCGCGUCGUAUACUGAAUUCAGCUCCUGUCGGGCGGCGCUGUUGGUCAUCACCACGCAAUGUCUUUCUCAGAAGACAUACAUGUUCCGACAGGCUUUACGAGAUGGGCUAUCUAUGCUCAAGGAAAUGUCAACUGGCAGCCAAUCCGCACACUCCGAAAUGUCGCUGAUAGAGGCAUUCGAACAAGCUAUAGCCAACAUGAACGCACAUGAGCUGACAGCCACCGCAAUGGUUAGCGAGUCUGAAUAUGCAAAGUUCAAAAAGUGGGAGCAACUAUGGAAGAGCGACGCACCUACAGCAGAAAUGGCCGAGACAGGCGUUGAAAACAAGCCAAUGCCGAUUGCGCCGCCGGUGAUGGAGCAGCCGAGGCAUAUGGGAGAAGCUCCGAAGGAAGAACCCGCGAUGAUGCCACACGGUACUCCGUUCUUUGGUGUUGAUGGACAUUUCGCGUCGUUUCCACAAAGUUUGGAUGACUUUUCGGCAUUCUUUGGGAAUGAGUUUGGAAACAACAUCGACCCUGGACAUGGAUGA